AUGUAUAAAGCAUUUACAUCACUUUGGUUUAAGCCAUCGUCAAAGAAAGGCCAACUGUCAUCAGAUUUAUCAAUCGAUGAAGACAGUUGGGUAUUUGUUACUGAAUCGGCACCACCAACAAUAAAACAUAAUCAUUUAAUGACUAAUAGUUGGAUAGAACCAAUACCUUCACAGAAAACCGAUGAAUCGACAGCGAAUGUACAUCAUUUUAAUCCAAUUGAGAAUUUACUUAUUGAACAUGCGAGUAUGAGUGUUUAUGAACAAAUAGCUUCAAAAACGCGAACUAGACGUCCACGAAAAUUUGUUUACGAUGAUGAACAAGUCGAAGAAGGAGACGAAGACGAAGAAGAUGAUGACGAUCAUGAUGGUAGAAUUUCAGUAAAUCGUCAUCAUCCAAAUUUAACUUCAGUUCAUCAUCGAAAUAUGAAUAUAUCUUCAAAUUCAUUUACAACAACUCUCGAAUCAUCAACAUUAUCUUUGGCGGCUCAUCAUCGUCAUUUGCAACGUUUACAUCAACGACGUAAACGAACAAAUAAAUCAGCAUCGAAAUUAGCUGUGCCAAAUACGGUUGAUGAACAACCGAAACAAGAAUUCAAUGAAAAUGUUGAAUUGAAACCAUUAAAUUAUACAAAUACAGCUAAAAUCUUUCUUCAACCACCGUCUCAUACGAAUAAUUAA